AUGAAUUCCUCUUUUGUUAAAUUGAUUAUAAACAGUUCUAACCCAAUCGUCUUUAGCUCUUUCUACCCAGAACGAUUUGCCCCUAGUGAUUACAAAUACAGGUUGAAAAUGGUCGUUUCACCCAGAUUCUGUACUAGGAUCACACCAACAGAUUCUUCAAUGUUAAGAACCAUUACAACAGUUUUUCAAACAAUUAGACAUUAUCAUUUCAACACAGAUCAAACCCACAAAAUCCCAAACCCGUUUCCUUCAACUCAAGGCAUUGGUCGAAACAUUGUAGCUGUUUUCUGGGACUUAGACAACAAGCCUCCAAAAUCAGUAUCCCCAUUUGAUGCUGCCAUUAGGCUAAAAAAAGCAGCUGAAUCAUUAGGAAUUGUUCGAUACAAGAUAGCUUAUGCUAAUCAAAGAUCUUUCGAUUACAUCCCCCCUAAAAUUAAACUACAUAGAAAAGAUAGAAAAACAUUAAAUCAACUAGAAAACAAAGGCAUUACAAAACCUAUCGAUCCAUACAUAUGUCGUGUUUGUGGGAGAAAGUUUUACACCAACGAAAAACUUAUAAACCAUUUUAAACAAAUCCACGAACGCGAACAUGCAAAACGUGUGAGUCAAAUCGAAUCAAGUAAAGGAAGUCAAAGGGUCAAACUAGUGGGAAAGUAUUCGAUGAAAAUGGAGAAGUAUAGUAAUGCUGCAAGGGAUAUUUUGACUCCAAAAGUUGGGUAUGGAUUGGGAGACGAGUUAAAGCGUGCGGGGUAUUGGGUUAGAACUGUUUCGAACAAACCACAGGCUGCUGACGUGGCGCUGAGGGAACACAUGGUGGAUAUGAUGGAUAGGAGACAGAUGGAGUGUUUGGUUCUUGUGUCAGAUGAUUCGGACUUUGUGGAGGUUUUGAAAGAGGCGAGAUUGAGAUGCUUGAAAACGGUGGUUGUUGGUGAUUGUAAAGGUGGGGUUCUUAAGAGGGUUUCUGAUGCGUGUUUUUCGUGGGAGGAGAUAAUUAUGGGAAAGGCUAAGAAGGAAGGGGUUUCGGUUGUGGGGAAGUGGAAAGAUGGUGAUAUUUUGAAAAGGUUGGAGUGGAGAUAUAAUUAUGAGAAAGAAAGGAAGUUGUAUGAUUCGGAUGCGAGUGAUUUAGUUUGUGGGGAAGAUGAUGGAGAUAAAGUGGAUGAAAGUCGUGCUUGGUGGAAACUUGAGUCGGAUUCAGAUGUUGAAUCUUUGUAAUUGUAGGUAUGAUUGUAUGAUACGUGAAAUUAUUAAAACUUGAUAGGUUGCUUUUUAAAGGGUUAAAUGCAAGAAAUAAUAGUGUACUUACAUUUUUUUUUUCUUAUUAGGAC